AUCACCUGGGAGAGAAGUUGGAUGUGUACAUUGCUGAACAUUUUGUCAAUGUGAAGCUGAUCAGAAGUCCAGCACGGCUGGGAUUAAUUCGGGCCAGAAUGGAAGCUGCCAGACAUGCCACGGGCAAGGUGCUGGUGUUCCUGGACAGUCACAUUGAGGCGGGGAAGUCUUGGCUACAACCGCUGCUGGACAGAAUAGCUCAGGACAGGAAGAUCGUUGUGGUGCCGGUGGUGGACACCAUUGAGGCGGAGACGAUGGUGUACAAUGCUGCUGACUUGAUGCGGGGAGGCUUCACGUGGUCGCUGCUGCACAACUGGGAACCUCUUCCUGAUGAUGUCAAAGCUACGGUCAAGGUCACCGCAGAUCCUUUCCUAAGUCCCACAAUGCCUGGAGGCCUGUUUGCCAUGGAACGGGACUAUUUUGAUGAACUUGGAGAGUAUGAUGCUGGCAUGGACAUCUGGGGAGGUGAAAAUAUGGAGAUUUCUUUCAGGAUCUGGCAGUGUGGCGGCAGGUUGGAGAUCGUACCCUGCUCUCGUGUGGGUCAUGUGUUCCGUCAGUUCCGACCCUACAGCUCACCCACAGGAGAAGAUACAGCCACAAGAAAUGCUGCUCGCGUGGCGGAGGUUUGGUUGGAUGAAUAUAAGAAACAUUUUUAUGAACUUCGGCCAGCUGCUCGAACCAUGGACUAUGGUGAUGUCAGUGACAGAGUCCAAUUGAGGCAGAGACUGCAGUGUAAACCAUUCAGGUGGUUUUUGGAGAACGUUUACCCUGAACAGAAUAUUCCAGGGGAAAGGGCAGGUUCCCACCAGAGACCUGUGGAAAAGAAGAAAGAAAUUAUUGUCAGUUCAGGCAUGCUUCGGCAUCAACCGUCAGGUCUAUGUGUAAAGCCAGAGCUGGAUCCGCCAGCCAAGAAUUCGCUCUUAGUGAUGGCUGCCUGUGAUAAAGCUAAGUCUCAGUUUCUGCUGACGGACAUCUAUCAAGUGAAGUUGGCAGACACCAGGUUCUGCCUGGAGACUGCCGAUAGUAAAGGAGAUUCUACAGACAUCUACCUCAUGAAGUGUCACUCUAGUGGAGGCUCACAGACCUGGAUUCCCAAACACUCAGAGGGUGGACAGCUCUUGCUAUUUAACCCAGCCAGUGGAAAGUGCCUUUCUGUACCCGAGCCACACAAGGGCGGCCAGUUGAGUAUGGACCUCUGCUCCAGCAGAUCUGUACAUGGCUUUCAUGUGACGAGUCUGUAA